AUGACCAGCUCACCACGCGCCCAUAAGCAGCAGCCGUUGAGGAGAGCAACAUAUUGGAAAUACCCGAGACGCGAGUCGUGCGGUCCUGGCGCCGAGGACGGGAGACACAGAGCGGGCAGUGAGAUAAAUGCGACAAAGCUGUCAGUUGAAGCAGAGAUGACCCUUCCAGCCACGCCAAGACUGAUACUGCUUGGGAACACAUUUCUCUCAGCCAUGAAAUGGAUGGUGAGCUUUGAGGGAAGAGUUGCCUACAUCUUAGAAGAGCAUCUGGGCUUUGCAGAUGCGUUGUCAGUAUUCUUCGGAUGCUUCUAUGUUUUUAACAUAGAGUACCAGGAGCCUGCAUGUGCAACCCUUGAGCUCAUUCAACGAUUCUUUGUCAGGAUAAAUCCAGAGGAGGGAACAAAGUGCUCUGCAAAAAUCGGCACAAGUCGUAAGACUGGAGCAGAGGUGAAGAGGAAGGUGGAGACUGUCAACAGCAGGGUGUCUUCCUUCCUGUGCCAGCUGACUGAAUUUGAAUGGAAGAACUUGGAUUAG